GCGAACGCGUAAGGUCGUCUCGGGAGCGCAGACGAAACCGAAACGGACUCGCAGUCGCUGUUUGCAGCAGGAUAAUUAAGCGUGACGCGUGUGCGUAACAUAAAAAUAGCAAUUCAAAAGAAAUGAAGUGAAGUGAAGUUGAAGAUUAACAAAAGUCUGUAUAAGGCUAAAGAAAAUAAAGCAAAAUAUUGCAAAAAGCCGGUUUUGGUGGCAAGUAAAGCAAAAAAACAAAAUAAAAAAAAAAAGUAAACUGCUGGCAAUAAAGUAAAGCAAGCGGCAAACAAACGAAAUUCCCCAACAUGAAGUUCCAGAUAAAGAUCAGCGAGCGAUCUAGUCAGGCGCUCUGCCUGUUGCUUGCUCUGAGCUAUGCGCGCGCUGUGCCUUUGCCAUUAACGCAAGUGUUAAUCACUCAAGGUCCUGCGGCUCAACUAAAGGUUAAGGAGCAAAGCGCGCUGCAGUUGCCGUGCGUCUAUCAAUUGCCGCAGCUCUAUGCAGAAAGCCAUAGCAUAAGCCUGCGCUGGCGCAAGGACAACAAAUUGGUGCGCCAAGUGCAGCUGGGACAGGCUAGUGUGACCACCAGCGAGCCACAGCUGGAGAGUCUGCUGCGCGACGAUACGCGCCUGACGCUGAACAAGCAAACAGGCGCUUUGCAAUUCAGCAGCGUGCUGGCCAGCGAUGCGGGCAGCUAUCAAUGCCAGUUGCUAGUGGAGGGACAGCCCGCUGUAAGCUCCAAUGUAGGACAGCUGGAAGUCAUUGAGCAGCUAAAGUUUAUGCCGCAGCCCACGUCAAAGAAUCUGGAGCUGGGCAGCGUGGCCAAAGUGCAUUGCAAGGCGCAAGGCACACCCACGCCGCAGGUUAAAUGGCUGCGGGAUACACAGCAGCCGUUGCCGGCUCAGGUAACCGAUCACAAUGGCACGCUCAUCUUUCGCAAUGUCUCGACUGCGCAGCGUGGUCAGUACACGUGCCUGGCCAGCAGCAGCCAGGGACAGAUAAGCGCUACUGUGUCCAUCAACGUGGUAGUGGCGCCCAAGUUCUUGGUGCCGCUGCAGCCAGCACUGGAGGUUAAUGAAGCGGAUAUAGCUAUUAUACACUGCCAGGCCACAGGCGAUCCACAGCCCACUAUACGCUGGGAUAAGGAUUUGAUCUACUUUAAUGAGAAUAAUACGGAUGUGAAGCGCUUUCAGCUGCUGGAGAAUGGCACACUGGAGAUACACAAUGUGCAGCCGGAGGAUGAGGGCAGAUAUGGCUGCACCAUUGGCAGCAGUGCUGGCCUCAAGCGCGACGAGGUGCUGCUGGUGGUGCGCAGCAAUAAGUCUGCCUCCAAUUCGAUUGUUACGCGCAUUAUUAUCAUCAUCAUAUGCCUGGCGUUUCUCUACUUUGUGCUCGUGCUGGGACUGAAGCUCUGGUAUCGCUAUCGUCGGCAUUUGGGCAAAGUGCAGCUGGAGGAUGCAGCGCCAGUGGCAGCCGAUGCUGAGGGGCACGAGCAUGCCGAGCAUGAGCCCUGCCUGACCGAGGCGAAUUCCAGCAAGAAUCUAAAGAGCAAAUUACGUGAGAGCACCAUACUGGAGCAGGAGUCCCAGGUGGCCGAUGAUGUUGUUUAGAUUUUGGCUGCCAUCUGCCAACUUUCCAUGAUCUCAAUCUCCCUUUUGUAUGUUACUGCAUUUUGUUGUUGAGCUGCAAUUACU